GUGUGUACAUUCCCGCGAUGCUGCACGCCUGAUGGACAAACACUCCCGGUAACCGAAUUGCGUGUCCGAAAAUGUUUGCGACCGUGUGAAGCGGCUCCUUCCGCGCCAGCUCCCUCCGGAAAGUUUGAAAAGUCAACAUCAAACCUCACCUCCCAAAGCCUUCAAGAAGGAGGAAUAAGACGCUGCCAAGAUGUUCAGCACCAAAAGACUGAAGAAGAAGUCUCAGUCGGUGGAUAUUGCCAGCGAGGGCUUCUCUCCGACCCUAGUGCCGGCCUCGCCCCUCAACAAGGCCUCGGCGGCCGGCCUGGCAGUGCAGGACAACAAUACGGCCAACGCCCAGCGCCGCAGCCCCCGCUGUGGCGAGCUGAAGAGAGGCUACACCAUAGAUACCGGCCAGAAGAAGACUCCGGAGAAGAAGGAUGGGAGGCGCAUGUCGUUCCAGCGACCCAAAGGGACCAUUGAAUUUUCUGUGGAAACGCGUGACACGCUGAACAGCAUUGCGCUCAAGUUUGACACCACACCCAACGAACUGGUUCAGCUGAACAAGCUGUUCUCCAGAGCGGUGGUUCCUGGCCAGGUUCUGUACGUUCCUGAUCCUGAGUACAUCUCCAGUGUUGGAAGCUCCCCCUCCCUCAGUCCCAUCAGCCCCCUGUCUCCCACCUCCUCAGAAGCUGAUUUAGAGAAAGUGACGGACUCUGAUGGCCCCCCCAGACCAGAAGGUGUUCACCCCCCGGUGUUCUCUGCCUUGCGCCAUUCCAGAGUGGUGUCAUCCACCUCAGAGGAGGAGGAGGCCCUCACAGAGAAGUUCCUCAAGAUCAACUGCAAGUACAUCACUGGUGGCAUGGGUGCGGUGAGCGGGGUGUUGCUGGUGACGCCCAACAACAUCAUGUUUGACCCUCACCGGAUGGACCCACUGGUCCAAGCCCAUGGGUGCGAGGAGUACGGCAUCAUGUGUCCCCUGGAGGAGGUGCAGUCUGCUGCCAUCUGCAAGGAGAUCACCGAGCCCCAGAUCAGAGAAGCUGUGCCUGAUGACCUGGAGCCACUUCCCACUGAGAGACAUCCCUCCCAGAAGGAGCCAGAGCAGCGCCUGAAGGAGCCGGGGGCCAACGACGGCGGCAGCACGGCCCCACGCAGCAUCGAGGCCUCCCUUUCCGAAGACGUCUUCACCGAGACGGAGCUGUCCCCCAUCCGCGAGGAGGAGCAAGCGUCUAACGAGGAUCUCCGCCUGGACAAGUCGUCGGGCGCGUCCGCGGAGUCUGUACAGACCCUCACCCAGGUGGAGGCCAGCAGUCCUGUGUCCCAAGCCUCAGGCAAGGCCAGUCAGCCGAAGGAGAGCGCUGUGGCAGAAGCAGAGGACAAUCCACCUGGCACUGCCACAGAGAGCGAUAGCCAGUCCCCCAUGAGAUCCAAGCAGCACAGUGAAGAGAAGCCACCCACUACCACCAGCACUAGCCAGGCCCAGGGCCCCAGCAGCAACACUUCUCGUCCGGGCUCCCAGAGCUCCGCCACCCCUUGUGCUGCAGACACCAUCUCCGUCUCAGCCAGUCCACAGAGGGAAGCCAACGAGGGGACAGCCAUCCCCAAAACGAACACUAUGCAACAGGGCAAGGAGGAAAAGGAGACGGUAGAGCAGAUGCCAAAGGAUGGCACGCAGAACUCUGCAGAGGGUCCAGGGUCUGCAGAAAGGCGGAAGCACCCCUCUCACAAGUUCCUGUGUCUGCGGGUGGGGAAGCCCAUGAAGAAGACAUUCAUUUCCAAUGCCAGCGCCUCCAUGCAGCAGUACGCCCAGCAGGGCAAGAAGCACGAGUACUGGUUCGCUGUGCCACAGGAGAGGUCGGACCACCUGUACGUGUUCUUCAUGCAGUGGAGCCCAGACAUGUACGGUGAGGGGGUCAGGGGGAUGGGACAAGAGCCUGGCUUUAUGGUUGUCAAGAAGAAUGAGGUGUCAGAAACAGCUGAGGACGAGCCAAUCACCGACCUCAAUGUCAAGGAGUGGGAGGUAGUGUCUCUGACGGAGUACCACCGUCGGAUUGAUGCACUAAACAGUGAAGAUCUACGUUCGCUCUGCAAACGACUCCAGAUCACCACCAAGGAAGAGGUGAACUCCAAGCAGGGCACGUCCAUCAAGACGGAGCUGGAGCCCGAAACGUUCAAACCCAACCUCCGAGAAUCCAGUGACCUCCUGGAGGCCGACCAGAUAGAGAAGCUUGCCAGGAAUCUCCCUCCUCGGACCAUUGGGUACCCAUGGACGCUGGCUUUUGGCACAUCAAAGCAUGGCAUGAGCAUUAAGAGUCUGUACAGAGCCAUGCAGGGCCAGGACACCCCCGUGCUCAUGGUUAUUAAGGACAGCGAUGGCCAGGUGUUUGGUGCGUUGGCAUCUGAGCCCUUUAAAGUCAGCGAUUGCUUUUAUGGCACAGGAGAAACCUUCCUCUUCACCUUCAACCCCGAGUUUGAGGUGUACAAAUGGACUGGGGACAACAUGUUCUUCAUGAAGGGAGAUAUGGACUCUUUAGCUUUUGGUGGAGGAAGCGGCGAGUUUGGCCUGUGGCUGGACGGAGACCUCUACCACGGCAGGAGCCACUCCUGUAAAACAUUUGGGAACCCCAUGCUCUCAAAAAAGGAGGAUUUCUAUGUUCAGGACAUAGAGAUCUGGGCGUUUGAGUAACGGGAACAGUGAACCACAGGGAAGAAGAAAAAAAACAAGUUCUGCAAAGGGCAAACCGAGGGAUCCUCCUCCUUAGAACAACAAUGGCAACGCCCCCAAACUAACUGCACAUCACCAGGGCGCCAGGGCCGGAAGCCAGCUAUCGGAUGCUUGUUGUGCGUUACUACUGCAGUUAUUACAGAGCUUUUUUUUCUUUGUGAAAAAUUACCUUUGUGUGUUUCUUGCUACAGCCUUGUGCAGCGUCUUUGCAGAGCGCGGGGGGGGGGGGGGGGGGGUUGGUGACGGGAUUUUGGGAAGAGGUUGUAUCAUAUGGGGAAAUGGGCCAUCGGGCCUUGACGAGGAAGGGUCUCCCCUUACCUGAGAGGGGGUGAAGAUGACAGCAGCUGGGGGAAGGAAAACUGCACCACUGGCCCGGAUAGUGCAUCUAGACUUCACAGAACCUCAAGGAAUCUCCAGCACCCUACUCAGACACCCCCCCCCCCCCCUAGUACUUUGUUGAUUCGGUAGGUUGUUAGUCAGGGAGAGACCAGCUGGAGAAAAAGGAACAAGACGAAAGCUAAACGUAUUCCAUUACUCUCGACGGUGAUGGUUGAGUGUGGUAAAACUGCGACAUCCGAGCCAUCAGCAGCAGGAUAUGAUGACAGGAUAGGAGAGAAUAUUUGCUUGGGGGUAGGGGGGUACGUUAGUCUUUUUACAGUACCCUUUGGGGGUUGUUUUCUGAGGCUCAACUAUAGAGUAUUGUGUAUUGUCGUUCACACAGCACAGCGUCUGAAAGCACAUCACUAUAACCAGAUCACCCUCGUCGUACCGUUGUGUUCAGUGGGUGUUCAUGUGAGUCCAGCUAACACCGGCUCCUCUCGCAGGACGCUGGCUGUACUGUUUGUAGACAGUAACGUGUUGCAAUAGAUUUGUGGAAUAUGCAAAUAACUGUCCUGUGACCUCAACUACCCGUGCGGGCCGCGGCACUUUUGCCGCUGCUGUCGGUCUUUCAAGAGAGAAACUUGUCAAACUUUUACGUCUUGAUACAUGAUUGCUUUUCUGUUGGUUGAUUCGAAAAGCCUGAGACGUGGUUAACUGUUUUACAUGCAUAUAUGACAAUUAUAUAUUGGUAUAUAUGAUUAUAUAUAUAUAUAUAUAAUCAUAUAUAUUUAGCUAUUAAGUGUGACAGUGAUCUAUUUGUGCUGAUAUUUCAGCUGUUACAAUAUAAUGUAUAUUACCCUGUAAAUUAAUGUUUAAAUAAUAGAUUUGUUUAUAUAUAUAUACAUACAUAUAUAUUGUGUAUAUAUAUAUAUAUAUAUAUGUGUGAAUAUAUAUAUAUGUGUAUAUAUAUAUAUAUAUAUAUAUAUAUAAAAUAAAGUGUGGAUUGGUGGGUUGCUUCUAGCACUUUAAUCUGGUGUGAAAGCAUCAUGGCCAGGUUAUUAUAUUCUCUUAGCAGUAGCUGUACAGUACUUUUUGUUUCGAUCACUAAGAUGUUAACUGUUAGUAGAAAGCUUGCUGCUACCAAUAUCAAUAAGGGUAUGCCCCAACGCUCUGUUUCUCAAAAGGAGGAUUAUUACUCUGGUAAGAAAGGGGGGAUGAAUGUGGUGAAACAUGGCAGUGAGGCUGCCAGGUGAGGCUUCGUAGGUCCAGGUAGGUAUGUGGUGGGUAGUGACGGGACACGUGUACAGUAUUUAAGGAGCCCCCUCCCCCCUUUCUGGUCUUCCACACCAGUCCUUGUGGAGAGUCACAAAGAAUAUUAUGGAUAAUUCUUCCAAUUAUUUCACCAGAAUACAAUGUAUCAGUGAUGUAUGAAUAACAACAAUAAAGGUGAAUUAAUUGUAA